AUGGCUGAGCCUGGGCACAGCCUCCAUCCCUCUGCCAGGGGCAGGGGAAGAACUGAGCCGCGCACACUCCGGCUUCUGCGGCUGCUGCUCUGGGCUGGGACCACCUUCCAGGUGACUCAGGGAGCGGGACCGGAGCUUCACGCCUGCAAAGAGUCUGAGUACCACUACGAGUACACUGCGUGUGACAGCUUGGGUUCCAGGUGGAGGGUCGCCGUGCCGCAUACCCCAGGCCUGUGCACCAGCCUUCCUGACCCCGUCAAGGGCACCGAGUGCUCCUUCUCUUGCAAAGCCGGGGAGUUUCUGGACAUGAAGGACCAGUCGUGUAAGCCGUGUGCUGAGGGCCGCUACUCCCUUGGCACAGGCAUCCGUUUUGACGAGUGGGAUGGGCUGCCCCAUGGCUUUGCCAGCCUCUCAACCAACAUGGAGAUCGAGGACAGCACCACAGAUUCCACUGAGAACUGCACUUCGUCCAAGUGGGUUCCUCUGGGUGACUAUAUCUCCUCCAACACGGAUGAGUGCACGGCCACGCUGAUGUACGCCGUGAACCUGAAGCAGUCUGGCACUGUUAACUUUGAAUACUACUACCCAGACUCCAGCAUCAUCUUCGAGUUUUUUGUUCAGAAUGACCAGUGCCAGCCCAAUGCAGAUGACUCGAGGUGGAUGAAAACCACAGAGAAAGGAUGGGAACUCCACAGUGUCGAACUAAAUCGAGGCAAUAACGUCCUCUACUGGAGAACCACAGCUUUCUCAGUGUGGUCCAAAGUUUCUAAGCCUGUGCUGGUGAGAAACAUCGCCAUAACAGGAGUGGCCUACACUUCAGAAUGCUUCCCCUGCAAACCAGGCACAUACGCAGACCAGAAGGGUUCCUCUAGCUGCAAACUUUGCCCAGCUAACUCUUAUUCCAAUAAGGGAGAGACUUCUUGCCACCAGUGUGACCCUGACAAAUAUUCAGAAAAAGGAUCCUCCACCUGCAGAGCGCGGCCAGGCUGCACAGACAAAGAUUACUUCUUCACUCACACGGCCUGUGAUGCCGGUGGAGAGGUGGAUUGUAGCCACUGCCCAGCGGGGACCGAACCUGCCGUGGGAUUCGAAUACAAAUGGUGGAACACGCUGCCCACGAACAUGGAAACGACCGUCCUCAGUGGGAUCAACUUUGAGUACAAGGGCAUGACAGGCUGGGAGGUGGCUGGUGAUCACAUUUAUACAGCUGUUGGAGCCUCAGACAAUGACUUCAUGAUUCUCACUCUGGUUGUGCCAGGAUUUAGACCUCCACAGUCAGUGAUGGCAGACACAGAGAAUAAAGAGGUGGCCAGGAUCACGUUUGUCUUUGAGACCAUCUGUUCCGUGAACUGCGAGCUCUACUUCAUGGUGGGUAUGAAUUCUAGGACCAACAGUCCCGUGGAGACGUGGAGAGGUUCCAAAGGCAAACAGUCCUAUACCUACAUCAUUGAGGAGAACGCUACCAUGAGCUUCACCUGGGCCUUCCAGAGAACCUCUUUUCAUGAGACAGGAAGAAAGUACACCAAUGAUGUCGCCAAGAUCUACUCCAUCAAUGUCACCAAUGUCAUGGAUGGCGUGGCUUCCUACUGCCGUCCUUGUGCCCUGGAAGCCUCUGACAUAGGCUCCUCCUGCACCUCUUGUCCUGCUGGCUACUAUAUUGAUCGGGAUUCAGGAAUCUGCCGCUCCUGCCCCCCUAACACAAUCCUGAAAGCCCACCAGCCUUAUGGCGCCCAGGCCUGCAUGACCUGCGGUCCAGGAACCAAGAGCAACAAGAUCCACUCCCUGUGCUACAAUGACUGUACCUUCUCAGUCAGCACUCCAACCAGGACUUUUGACUACAACUUCUUGGCUUUGGAAAACACCUUCUCUCUGGCUGGAGGGCCAAGCUUCACUUCCAAAGGGCUGAAAUAUUUCCACCACUUUACCUUCAGUCUCUGCGGAAACCAGGGUAAGAAAAUGUCCGUGUGCACCGACAAUGUCACUGACCUCCGGAUUCCUGAGGGUGAGUCAGGUUUCUCCAAAUCCAUCACAGCCUACGUGUGCCAGGCGGUCAUCAUUCCCCCGGAGGUGACAGGCUACAAGGCCGGAGUGUCCUCGCAGCCUGUUAGCCUCGCAGAUCGGCUUAUCGGGGUGACAACAGAUAUGACUCUGGACGGAAUCACCUCCCCAGCUGAACUUUUCCACCCGGAGCCCUUGGGAAUACCGGACGUGAUCUUCUUUUAUAGGUCCAAUGAUGUGACCCAGUCCUGCAGUUCUGGGAGAUCAACCACCAUCCGCGUCAGAUGCAGUCUGCUGAAACCUGCUCCUGGAAGUCUGUCGCUGCCAAGCACAUGCUCCGAUGGGACCUGUGAUGGCUGUAACUUCCACUUCCUGUGGGAGAGCGUGGCCGCUUGCCCACUCUGCUCGGCUGCUGACUACCACGCUAUCGUCAGCAGCUGCAUGGCCGGGAUCCAGAAGACUACUUAUGUGUGGCGAGAACCAAAGCUGUGCUCGCGUGGCAUCUCCCUGCCUGAGCAGAGAGUCACCAUCUGCAAAACGAUAGACUUCUGGCUGAAAGUGGGCAUCUCUGCAGGCACCUGCACUGCUAUCCUGCUCACCGUCUUGACCUGUUACUUUUGGAAAAAGAAUCAAAAGCUAGAGUACAAAUACUCCAAGCUGGUGAUGAAUGCUACCCUCAAGGACUGUGACCUGCCAGCAGCCGACAGCUGUGCCAUCAUGGAAGGCGAGGAUGUGGAGGAUGACCUCAUCUUCACCAGCAAGAAGUCACUCUUUGGGAAGAUCAGAUCAUUCACCUCCAAGAGGACUCCUGAUGGAUUUGACUCGGUACCACUGAAGACAUCCUCAGGAGGCCCAGACAUGGACCUGUGA